AUGUCUCAAUCUAGUUCGUUUUCUCGUUUCGUAUCCAUUGCAGGUGCUGUUACAGCCUUGUCUAUUACUGGUUAUGCUAUUUAUUUUGAUUAUCAAAGAAGAAAUAACUUGAUGUUUAGGAAAAACCUAAAGAAAGAACACAAAAAACAGAUGAAAGCUGCUAAACAACAACAAGAAGAAGAUAAACAGAAGAAAUUGAAAGAAGUCGGUGAUAGCUUAGCAAAAGAGUUGGCUACUGACCCUAUUCCAACUGCUCCCGCUGAGAGGGAAGCCGCUUUCGCUACUAAUGUUGAAAUGGGUGAACGUUUAGCAUCUGUCCCAGGUAAAGAAAUGGAAUCUGCUUGUAAAUUUUAUAAGGCUUUGAGUGUCUAUCCAAGCCCAGCUGAUCUAUUGGGUAUCUAUCAAAGAAGUGUCCCAGAAAGUAUCUACGAACUGAUUGUGUUAAUGAUUGCAGUAUACCCACCAACGAAUAUCGCUUCUAUCAUCAACGGUAUCCAACCUGAUUCAUCUUCUGUUUCAGCUGCUGCCGCUGAAUUAGAAGCCAUGAGUCAAGGAAUUGGUAUUGACGAAUAA